UGAUGCUCUCUGGAAACACCGCUGUUAUGACAUUAUGAUCCAUUCGUAAGAUUUAGCGCUUUAAAUAAGAAUCCAGUCUUAGACACCGAUUAGUAUUUUUAAUCUUCUUUUAAACCUUUAAACCACGUGUGUCCUCGCUUAGCCCAGUCAUGAUGGAGUUCUGGUUGAUCUCGGCUCCUGGAGAGAAAACCUGCCAGCAGACGUGGGAUAAGAUGAUGGUGGCCACCACUCGCACCAACAAUCUGUCCACCAACAACAAGUUCAACAUUCCGGAUCUCAAGGUCGGAACGCUGGAUGUUUUAGUCGGACUUUCGGACGAGCUGGCCAAGUUGGACUCUUUUGUGGAGAGUGUGGUGAAGAAAGUGGCGCAGUACAUGGCCGACGUGCUGGAGGACAGCCGCGAUAAAGUCCAGGAGAACCUGCUGGCGAACGGAGUCGAUCUGAUCACCUACAUCACGAGGUUCCAGUGGGACAUGGCGAAAUACCCCAUAAAGCAGUCUUUAAAGAACAUAUCAGAAAUCAUAUCCAAGCAAGUAACGCAGAUUGAUAACGAUUUAAAGGCUCGAGCUUCGGCCUACAACAACCUGAAGGGAAACCUGCAGAACCUGGAAAGGAAGAAUGCUGGGAGCCUGCUGACCCGCAGCCUGGCGGAUAUCGUUAAGAAAGAGGACUUCGUGCUCGACUCUGAGUAUCUCAUCACUCUGCUGGUGGUGGUGCCAAAGACGAACUAUGCAGACUGGCAGAAGACCUACGAGACUCUUGCGGAAAUGGUGGUGCCGCGGUCCACAAAUUUGCUGUUUGAGGAUCACGACAGCGGGCUGUUCAGCGUCACGCUGUUCCGCAAAGCCGCAGACGACUUCAGGCACAAAGCCAGAGAGAACAAGUUCGUAGUCCGAGAUUUCCAGUACAACGAGGAGGAGAUGAAGGCGGAUAAGGAGGAGAUGACGAGACUCUCUACUGAUAAGAAGAAGCAGUUUGGUCCUCUGGUACGAUGGCUGAAAGUAAACUUCAGUGAAGCCUUCAUCGCCUGGAUCCACAUCAAGGCUCUGAGGGUGUUUGUGGAGUCAGUGUUGAGGUACGGCUUACCUGUUAACUUCCAAGCCAUGCUUCUGCAGCCCAAUAAGAAGAACAUGAAGAAGCUGAGGGAAGUGCUUUAUGAGCUCUAUAAGCAUCUGGACAGCAGUGCUGCUGCCAUUAUCGACCAAUCUGCUAUGGACAUUCCCGGGUUGAAUCUGAGCCAGCAGGAGUAUUACCCCUACGUCUACUACAAAAUCGACUGCAACCUGCUCGACUUCAAAUAAUCCUCUUAACGAAUCCAGCACUGCACGCCGUCACAUCCCACAGCCCUGUGGUUCAGUCUUAGUGAAGAAGUGUGAGAUGUUUCAUUGAGUUGUAUAUUUAUUCCCCCCCCAUCAUGUUCAUUCCUGUUCUGACAAGCACUGCUGCUCACUCCGGAGUGUGUGACUGCCGUCCUCAUCAUGUUUACAGGAUUUUUUUUUUUUUAAAAAACAACAAGAUUGUCUUUAUUUAUAAGUGAAUGGAUCAGAUCUGUAUCUAUAUAUAUAAGAAAAGAAAUUCUGUGUUUUAAUAUGAUCGUUAUUCCAUGGUAGGUUAGUGCUUUUGUGUUCGGUCCAAUUCAGAGUCACUAAUAGAUAUUUUGUUGUGUGAGGACACUGGUGUCUUUACCUUCUCUGUAUCAGUAGUUUUACGUCGAGGAACGGAACUGUGUUACAAAUGAUACAGUAACGGACAAUGUAUUGUGUACAUUUGGUGUUGACGAAAUAUAAUAUAUAUGUGAAAAACGGUA